CCACCAUCUUCGUCCCCUCCACUUUCCAAGAGGCUAUCACCUGCCCUGACGCCGAUAAGUGGAUAGCCGCCAUCUUUCAGGAAUGUGAAGCAUUCAUCCACAAUAACUCCUUCAUUGACGUUCCCCUCCCUCCUGACGCCAACCUGGUUGAGGGCAAGUGGAUCUUUCGAGUCAAGCAGCUGCCGGGAGAAGAACCAGUCUACAAAGCCCGCUACGUUGCCAAGGGGUUCACCCAGACCUGGGCUGAGGACUACUGGUUCACGUUCGCCCCCACCGUCAAGCAGGCCACCCUACGCACCCUUCUUGACAUCGGUGCAAGAGACGACAUGGAGAUUGACUCCAUGGACGUCUCCAACGCUUUCCUGCAAGGUGAACUGCACGAACGCAUCUUUCUCCGCCGACCUCCCGGGUUCCAUGCUAAGUUCCCCGACAACACCGUCUGGCAGCUGAAGCGACCGGUCUAUGGCCUGAAGCAGGCACCACGAGAAUGGCAUGCGAAGCUAUCUGCUACUCUCCAGUCCCUUGGCUUCUCCCCCUCCCACUCCGACGCCAGCCUCUUCAUCCGCUCUUCCCCCAGUCGCUUUUUCAUCUCGGUCUACGUUGACGACAUGAUCCUGCUGGCGGAUUCUAGGGCGGACAUGGACCAGAUGAAGCGGUCACUUCAGGAACGACUCAAGUGCAAGGACCUUGGUCCCCUCCAGAACUACCUCGGCAUGGCUAUCACCCGUGAUCGAUCCGCCCGCACCAUCACUCUCUCCCAGUCCCACUACAUCGGCCAGGUCCUGGAGAGGUUUGAGAUGGCGCAGGCCAAACCAGUCUCCACCCCCCUCCCCUUCGGUCACCAACUUGCGCCACCCACCUCCCCCUCCUCCUCCUCCCGGCCCUACGCCGAGCUCGUUGGGUCGCUGAUGUACGCGAUGAUGUGCACCCGCCCCGACCUCGCCUACCCUGUCAGCGUCCUUGCUCGGUUCGUCGGCCCUGGACGUCACACUGAGGAACACUGGGCUGCCGCCAAGCGGGUCCUUCGCUAUCUCUGCGGCACCAAGGAUCACGCUCUCACACUGGGUGGAUCCUCCCCUCCCCUUCUCUCGGGCUUCAGUGACUCCUCCUGGGCAGACAAUCAGCCAGACCGCCGCUCCUCCCAAGGCUAUGGCUUUACCCUCGGCAGCGGACUUAUCAGCUGGCGUUCCACCCGCUCCUCCGCCAUCGCUCUCUCUUCCUGCGAAGCUGAGCUCUAUGCGGGCACCAUGGCCGCUCAAGAGUCCCGCUGGCUCUGCUUUCUUCUGGCAGAGCUUGGUGCCCCCCAGCGCUGUCCCACGCUCUGCACCUUCGGCUGGCUUGCUUCCUCACCUGCAGCAGCCCCCCCUCCCUGCUGGUGUGCGACCUCACCGCCACAGCACCUUCGGCUGGCUUGCUUCCUCACCUGCAGCAGCCCCCCCUCCCUGCUGGUGUGCGACCUCACCGCCACAGCACCUUCGGCUGGCUUGCUUCCUCACCUGCAGCAGCCCCCCCUCCCUGCUGGUGUGCGACCUCACCGCCACAGCACCUUCGGCUGGCUUGCUUCCUCACCUGCAGCAGCCCCCCCUCCCUGCUGGUGUGCGACCUCACCGCCACAGCACCUUCGGCUGGCUUGCUUCCUCACCUGCAGCAGCCCCCCCUCCCUGCUGGUGUGCGACCUCACCGCCACAGCACCUUCGGCUGGCUUGCUUCCUCACCUGCAGCAGCCCCCCCCUCCCUGCUGGUGUGCGACCUCACCGCCACAGCACCUUCGGCUGGCUUGCUUCCUCACCUGCAGCAGCCCCCCCUCCCUGCUGGUGUGCGACCUCACCGCCACAGCACCUUCGGCUGGCUUGCUUCCUCACCUGCAACAGCCCCCCCUCCCUGCUGGUGUGCGACCUCACCGCCACAGCACCUUCGGCUGGCUUGCUUCCUCACCUGCAGCAGCCCCCCCUCCCUGCUGGUGUGCGACCUCACCGCCACAGCACCUUCGGCUGGCUUGCUUCCUCACCUGCAGCAGCCCCCCCUCCCUGCUGGUGUGCGACCUCACCGCCACAGCACCUUCGGCUGGCUUGCUUCCUCACCUGCAGCAGCCCCCCCCCCUCCCUGCUGGUGUGCGACCUCACCGCCACAGCACCUUCGGCUGGCUUGCUUCCUCACCUGCAGCAGCCCCCCCUCCCUGCUGGUGUGCGACCUCACCGCCACAGCACCUUCGGCUGGCUUGCUUCCUCACCUGCAGCAGCCCCCCCCCCUCCCUGCUGGUGUGCAACCUCACCGCCACAGCACCUUCGGCUGGCUUGCUUCCUCACCUGCAGCAGCCCCCCCCCCUCCCUGCUGGUGUGCGACCUCACCGCCACAGCACGUUCGGCUGGCUUGCUUCCUCACCUGCAGCAGCCCCCCCCUCCCUGCUGGUGUGCGACCUCACCGCCACAGCACCUUCGGCUGGCUUGCUUCCUCACCUGCAGCAGCCCCCCCUCCCUGCUGGUGUGCGACCUCACCGCCGCAGCACCUUCGGCUGGCUUGCUUCCUCACCUGCAGCAGCCCCCCCCUCCCUGCUGGUGUGCGACCUCACCGUCACAGCACCUUCAGCUGGCAUGCCGCGUCAUUCGCCGCAUCUAUUACCGGUGCAGCGGCUGGAGGAGGCGACGAAGCAGAAGGCGCACAGCAUUCACAAGCUGCUGGGGUACUGCUCUAAUGCUGCCGCGGACCAUCAUCCCGGUGCUGCUGCUGCUGCCAUGGGUGGCGCGCGUGUGGGUGGGGCGGGCAGUGGCGUGGCGGGCAGAGGCGUGUGA